UGAUAAUAAUUUUAAAGUAACCUCGAAACCGAUACAUACCAUACCUUUUUAUUAAUUUAAUAUUUUUAAAGUUUAAAAAAUAUGAUUAAAGAAUUAUUCUGUUGGCUGUAUUGAAAUUAGUGUUCAUUUCUUGUACUAACCAAAGUUGUAUUGCAAAAGACGUCAUAAUUCGUCAGUAUUAAAGCUUACUAAUAUUCACGUGUUUAUUUCUGAAGAAUGGAUUCGCCGGUAUCUGCUUUCGCGAUCUACAAUAGUAAGAAGAAAGUUAAAAAGCAAGAAAAGAAGAAAAAGGCUUUAAAACCACAAGUUAUUCCCUCACCAAAAGCAACAAAAGAACUGUCCGACGAGAUCAUGAUGAAACUCGCUCAUAAAGUAAAACAGAUACAGAAAAAAGACAAAGAUAGCAAAAACAUUGCUAAAAAGAAACUUCAUAAGAAGAAGAAAAAUAAGGAAGCGGUCCAACACAAUAAAAGCUUCGAAGAAAAAGUAAAAAGAAAACAAAAUAACUCUGAAAGUGAAGAUAUACCUGCAUUGAUAACUGCACCUAAAUUAGAAGCUGAAGAAAAUGAACAUUCAGAUAAUUGUAGUUUUGAGUUCACUCCUGUGGAAACUGAUAGUGUUGAAGAAGGUCUGAAAGUUUUUAAGUGGAUGAUAGCACCAUAUGAUCCAAAUGAUUUCCUAAAUCGAGUUUGGGAAAAGAAACCACUUCAUAUAGCCAGAAACAAGCCUAAGUAUUACAGGGAUUUAAUUUCAACACCUAUAAUUGACAAGAUGCUACGUAAUGACAACAUCCAGUUCACAAAAAAUAUAGAUAUAACAUCAUAUGUCGAUGGCAAACGAGAGACACAUAAUCCUGAGGGCAGAGCCCAUCCAUACUUAGUUUGGGAUUAUUAUGUCAAUGGAUGCAGUAUUAGACUAUUGAAUCCACAAACUUACAUGCAAAAACUGCAUUUAUUAAAUGCAACAUUACAAGAAUUCUUCAAUUCAUUUGUUGGUGCCAAUGCAUAUCUAACACCUCCAGAUAGCCAAGGUUUUGCUCCUCAUUAUGAUGAUAUAGAAGCUUUCAUAUUACAGUCUGAAGGGAAAAAGCACUGGAGAGUUUACAAACCUAUAACUGAAGAAGAAGUACUACCAAGAGUAUCCUCCAAAAAUUUUGAGCAAGAGGAAAUAGGAGAACCAAUAUUAGAAGUGACUUUAGAAGCUGGGGAUAUGCUGUACCUCCCUCGAGGCUACAUCCAUCAGGGAGUGACUAUAGAGGGUGAGCACUCACUUCACGUCACAGUCAGCAUGUAUCAGAAACACUCUUGGGCAGAUUUAUUCGAAAAAAUGAUUCCGGCUGCUUUACAACUUGCUAUCACAGAAAAUGUGGAAUUCCGAAAAGGUUUGCCAUUUGAUAUUUAUGACAACUUCGGUCUAGUCAAUUCCGACGUUCAAACUCCACGAAGGAAAGAAAUUGAGGAACUUGUGAGAUCUCUCUUUGAUAAAAUAAAAGAUAAUUUACCAAUAGAUGAGGCCGUUGAUCAGAUGAAUAAGAAUUAUCAGCAUGAUGCAUUGCCUCCUGUUCUGAGUGACUUAGAGAAGGCUGUCACAGUUUUUAGUGACAAUGAUGUUGUAAUGAAAGAUGGCAAAGUUUUGAAUAGAGUUGAAAUAAGUCUUGAUACAAAAAUUAGAUUAUUACGUAAGAAUAUUUUGAGAAUGGUUUCAGAAGACCGAAUCAGACUGUACUAUUAUGUUGAGAAUUCUUUGGAAUAUCAUGGAAGUGAGUUACCUUAUCUUGAAAUAGAGGAGGAAUUGGCACCAGCAAUUGAGACCCUGAUAACUUCAUACCCCCAGUAUGUAUCGGUGGAAAAUCUGGAUGCUCCAAAUGAGUCAGAUAAGCUACAAAUAGCAGAGACCUUAUGGUCAAGGGGGUUAAUUAUGUCAGAGUACCCAUUAGAAACUGUAGAUGAUUAAGAAUAAAUGUUAUUAAUUUGAAUAA